UCCCGCGGGCAGAGAAACCGUCCAGGCGUUCACCCGGCAGCCUCUGCGGCUGGCGUUCUGUCACCCUAGCAACCGGCCCUGAACUAGACGGCUCGAGAAACCGCGCAUGGUUCCGUCACAUCCCGCACCAAGGCUGGCGCUGGUCGGCCGGCGGCGGGGGGCACUUUAGAAAAACCACUUACAAGAAUAUAUGGAAUUCUUAGUGAUAUCAAAACAGUUUCUCUGAAAAUUUGGCUAAUUACAGAAUUAUGGUUCGACUAACAGUGGAUCUAGUUGCUAAAAGCAUCAAUCACAAAAACCGCAAAGAAGAAUCUCUGGCACAGUACCUGAGGAAGAUAACUCACCUGAACUUAUCAGAUAAAAAUAUUGAUACAAUUGAUGACCUCUCUUUGUGCAGAAAUCUUAAUGUCCUGUAUUUGUAUGAUAACCAAAUUAGACAAAUCCAUAACUUGUGCUUUGCUUCAAAUCUAACACACCUGUACCUGCAAAACAAUUGCAUUUCAUGUAUAGAGAACCUCACAUCACUGAAAAAACUUGAGAAACUGUAUCUGGGGAGCAAUUACAUCACAGUAGUAGAGGGCUUGGAAACAUUAGAAGAACUGAGAGAGCUACAUGUUGAAAGCCAGCGGCUUCCUCUUGGAGAAAAGCUCUUGUUUGAUCCAAGAACUCUUCAUUCCCUGGCAAAAUCUUUGUCAGUGUUGAAUAUCAGCAAUAACAAUAUAGAUGAACUGGGAGAAUUAGCACUUCUGGAAAAUAUUUCUCAUCUUAUAGCAGUUGACAACCAACUUCACCAUGUGAAGGAUUUGGAGUUUGUAUUGAACAAAUGGACCAAGCUGUGCAGAAUGGAUCUUAAAGGGAAUCCUGUUUGCCGCAAACCAAAAUACAGGGACAGGCUUAUUAUACAGUCAAAAACUCUAGAAUCCCUUGAUGGGAAAGAAAUAAAAGAAAUAGAAAGACAAUUCCUAAUGAAUUGGAAAGCAUCCAAAGCCUCUAGGAAAAAAAGCAAGGAAGAGAGCAUGACAAAUGAACAUGCAGUUUAUCCACAUUUCUAUGACUUUGGAACAGGCCAUCCCAUUGUUCCUGUUUAUUACAAUCCUUCUGGAAAAGGAAAACCAAAAUUUGUUAUUUUAUCUGAGCUACAUAGGUCUCCACAUAACAGAGAAGAACCUCUGCAAAGACCCCAGGAAGGAAGUAAUGUUAAUGUUAGCAAAAAAUUCAGUCACCUGACCUUGAAAGACUCUCAAAGUUCACUGCUAAUAAAAGAUCUAUCGGAACCUCAUCUCCUCAGUUAGAUACCCCUGUAACCAGCGGCUGCAGAGACAACUACAUCUUUCUGUUCACUUCAUUCUCAACAGAAUUUAUUGCAACAUCAUAAUUAGAGUAUAUCAGAGCCAGUGAUGAAAUGAUCCAAGCAAGAGCCUAAUAUUUUAAUUAAAAAAAACACUAAAUAUUUUGUACAAGAAGAUUUUUCCUUUUUUGCUCACAUAGGAGAGUGUGACCACUAUUUUGCAUAAUACGUGUGGAUGCAUUAAUUUAUGCUUAUUUUAUGGUAACAUCUUUUGAAAUAAAAGGCUUUCAGUUUGGUGAUAGUUUCAUUUAUAUGAGAGAAAUGCUAUAACUACCAAUUAUACAGAUUUUGCUUCCAUUAAAAUCUGAAAAUUAUUAAUGGCUAUUUGAAUACAAAUUUACAUGGAUAAUCUUGACAAUUAUCAGUCUGUUUUGAACUUAUAUUUUUGGGAAAUAUUUGUUAAGAUGUUUGUAGUGAGGCAACUCAAUUAUGGUGAUUCCAGGUAAUCUGCUUUCAAGCCUGGGCAUGGUACAGAAACUGCAGCAGUUGCAUCGAUUUGACCUCCUGGCAAUAAAUGAAGACCAAGUGUCCAUGCUGAUUUUUCUUAGAUCUAUCAGCAGUCUCUGAUGACACUGAUCCUAAAAUUUUGUGUAAAUGAUUGUGGUCCUGAACAACCUAGU